AGCAGCUGUGAACUGUCAAGUGUCAUAAAAUACAUAUGUGAAUUAAAUUGUAAAACUGAGCUUUAAAACAUUGAAAAUAAUGCAAAAUAUGUAAAAUUAAACUAAGGGAUAAGACAAAAUGGUUCAAAUAAGAAAUGCUGCUGUUGCUUACAAGACUCUAAAUGGACUCAUUUGUGUUUACAAACCUUCCUGUGUAUCCGUGCGGCAAGUGCAGCAUAUUAUUGUCACACAUUUGUGUCGAGAACUAAAUGAUUUACCAGGCAGGCCUCUGGAGAAAAGAGUUGAGAUAGUAGGCCCAACAAAUGCCCCCAUGGAAGUAAAAUUGGUGCCAAAUUAUGCUGAUGAUCCCUUAGUCUGUGGUCCCAGAUACAUACAUGAAGACAUCCGGUGCAGCUGGGCUACACAUUUAGGCUUAUUCAGCAGUGGGGUGCUGUUAUUAGGCAUAAAUGAUGGAACUAAACUAACAUACUUGCUGAACACAGCUAGGCCUACUAGAGCUUUUAAAGUACAUGGCCAGUUAGGUAAAGGAACAGACACCUAUUUCUGGAACGGGAAAACAGUUGAGAGGGCAUCAUUUGGCCAUGUUACCCGUGCAAAGAUUGACAGAGUUGUUGCUCACAUACAAGCUGCUCAUCAGAAAACUAUGUAUGAGUUAUCAGGCCUGCACAUGGACUCUCAAACAACAUAUGAUAUUGCAUCAGAAGGUUUGCUGAGGCCCGCCAACAGUAAACUUCCAGUUAUUUAUGGAAUUAAAUGUGUACAUUUUGAUCCGCCAAACUUCACUUUAGAAAUACAGUCAGUAAAUGAAUAUGAUAAAUAUCUGUGGACCCUAGUUCAUGAUCUGGGAGUUCAGCUGAAGACAGUAGCACAUUGCACAGCUGUGCAGUGCAUCAGGCAAGGCAAGUUUACCCUUCCGCUCGCGCUAUUGAGGAAACAUUGGCAGAUGGAACAUCUUUUAAACAAUAUGGAUCAAUGUAGGCAGAUACUAGAAGAUAAUGAGAAUUUAUUGAGACCCAAAUCAGCACAAUUAACUAUUUAAAUAUAAAACAUCAGAAAAAUAAAAUAAAGACAACUUUUAUACAAAAA